AUGCGCCAAGAGAGCCCGACUCGCAGCGGAAAUCGACAGCAAUGGCUCCAAGUCGAUCUUCCGUUCGACGGACUUGUCCCCGUGUCGGGCGUCCGAGUCGGAAUGCAGGAUACGAUCGAGGAGGAAUGCUUCGGGCUUCGGGCCUCGGGCUUCGGGCUUUAA